AUGGCCCCACUUAUCUGUUUCGACAUUGUAGAGUUCCAUUUCCCUGGUCGAGUUAUGCGCCAGUUCGGAUUCGAGCAGACGAUUCCCGCACCUUCUGAUACGAGCACAACCCUUCAUGCCAUUGAUCGGAGGUCGAAGAACAAGAACUAUCCGCUCAGACAUCGACCUUACAUUGCACAUUGGGAUGAGCGCGAGGGACACAUAGUUCAGGGCACUCCUUUUAGUGGUCGUACUCAUGCCUUUGACGAGUAUAUGAUAUGGUUUCGUCGCAUCACGAGGUUACGCCUGACGAAUCCAUCGAGGCGACCACCUUCUACACAUUAUCAGCCUGCGUCUGCAGAUAUAGUACUGGCACAUACUUUAUCUGAUAUUGCUCAUAGGUGCGGUACUGUGCUAGAGGCUUCUGAGUCAUUGCCUCCAGAUAUGGUGCGUGACUUGUAUGCGCAGACAUUGCAGACUAUGAGGGGACUGUGUGUUGAUGCUGUUGGCCGAGCUGGACAUGGCCACAUCGUACAGGGCGUGCCUACUUCUGCUGGAUAUACAUCGACUUCUACAUCUUCUACGUCUGCUGCCCAUAUAUCUACCACGUCAGCUUUGCUUUCACCUCCAGUCACUCAGAGGGCCUAUCGACGACGUUCUGACACUACUCCCCCUUCUCUUGAUGCCAUUGCAGAGACUCAUGAAACCACACCUAGCUCAUCUACACCUUCACAAAAGAAGAAGAGAGGGUUUUAG